AUCCAUGAGCGACGCUCACAAAAACUACAUUUCCCGUGUAAAUACCGCACUAUGACGUCAAAUGAGUGCGACUUGGACUCCCAACGUCCAAGGGGCUAUUCCUUUUAGCUAAAACUGCAAGAUUGUCACAAUGGUGAUGAAGUCGUCAGUUGAUGAUGAUGAUGCAGGCUGGGGACUGGGGAUCCCAGAGAAAAUGAGGAAUAAUGUCAACUGGGUUGAUGUUACACACGAAUUCAAGGGAGCUUGCAAAGAGUUGAAUCUUGGAGAGCUUCUUCAUGACAAACUGUUCGGGCUCUUUGAGGCUAUGUCUGCCAUAGAGAUGAUGGAUCCUAAGAUGGACGCAGGAAUGAUCGGGAACCAGGUCAACAGGAAGGUUCUCAACUUUGAACAGGCUGUAAAGGACAACGCCAUCAAGGUCAGGGAUCUGAGUCUUCCUGAGCUCAUAGGAAUCAUAGACACCUGUUUCUGCUGCCUGAUUACAUGGCUGGAGGGUCACUCCUUGGCGCAGACGGUGUUUACCUGUCUCUACGUGCACAGUCCCGACCUGAUCGAGGACCCGGCGCUGAAGGCCUUCGCCUUGGGCAUCCUCAAGGUGUGCGACAUCGCCCGGGAGAAGGUCAACAAGGCGGCCGUGUUCGAGGAGGAGGACUUCCAGGCCAUGACGUAUGGCUUCAAGAUGGCCAAUAAUGUCACUGACCUGCGGGUCACAGGUAUGCUUAAAGACGUGGAGGAGGAGUUACAGAGAAAAGUCAAGAGCACGCGCACUAGACAAGGAGAGCAGCGAAACGCUGAGAUAGAGACGGAGCAUCAGCAGUAUUUGGCCCUUUACAACAGAAUCAAGUUCAUUCGUUUGCUGCUGACUGCUCUGAUUGCCUUUACAAAGAAAGAGACCAGUUCAGUUGGGGAAGCCCAGAAGCUGAUGGCUCAGGCUGCUGACCUACUAUCGGCCAUCAACAGCAGUAUACAUCACGGCAUCCAGUCACAGAAUGACACCACGAAAGGAGACCACCCUAUCAUGAUGGGAUUCGAACCCUUGGUCAACCAGAGAUUGCUGCCCCCAACCUUUCCCCGCUAUGCCAAGAUCAUCAAGAGGGAGGACAUGGUGGUGUACUUCAGUAAGCUCAUAGAGCGCAUCAAGACCGUUUGUGACGUCAUCACCACCAUCAACCUCCAUGGUAUCCUGGACUUCUUCUGUGAGUUCAGCGAGCAAUCCCCCUGUGUUCUCUCCAGGUCCCUACUACAGACGACGUUCCUGAUCGACAAUAAGAAAGUGUUUGGAACCCACUUGAUGCAGGACAUGAUCAAAGAUGCCCUCAGGUGUUUCGUGAGUCCACCUGUCCUAUCCUCAAAGUGCUGUCUGUUCAACAACCACCAGGCCAAAGACUACAUCGACUCCUUCGUCACACACUGCUCCAGGCCCUUCUGCAGUCUGAUUCAGAUCCAUGGACACAACCGUGCUCGACAGAGAGACAAGCUGGGCCACAUCCUGGAGGAGUUUGCCACAUUGCAGGAUGAGGCGGAGAAGGUGGACGCUGCGCUGCACGGCCUGCUCAUGAAGCUGGAGCCCCAGAGGCAGCACCUGGCCUGUCUGGGCACAUGGAUCCUCUACCACAACCUGAGGAUCAUGAUCCAGUACCUGCUCAGUGGCUUCGAACUGGAGCUCUACAGCAUGCACGAGUACUACUACAUCUACUGGUACCUGUCAGAGUUCCUGUACGCGUGGCUCAUGUCCACGCUGAGCCGGGCGGACUCCUCCCAGAUGGCGGAGGAGAGGGUCGCCGAGGAGCAGCAGAAAGGGCGCAGCAGCAAGAAGGCCAAGAAGAAGAAGAAAGUGCGCCCCCUCAGCAAGGAGAUAACCAUGAGCCAGGCCUACCAGAACAUGUGUGCUGGGAUGUACAAGACCAUGGUGGCGUUGGAUAUGGACGGAAAGGUGCGCAAACCCAGCUUUGAGUUGGACAGCGAGCAGGUUCGCUACGAGCAUCGCUUCGCCCCCUUCAACAGCGUGGUCACCCCUCCCCCCGUGCACUACAUUCAAUUCAAGGAGAUGUCCGACCUGAAGAAGUACAACCCUCCACCGGGAUCCUCUGACCUCUACCUGGCGGCCAGCAAGCACUUCCAGCAGGCCAAACUCAUCCUGGAGAAUGUCGCCACGCCGGACCCAGAGGUGAACCGCAUCCUCAAGGUGGCCAAACCCAACAUGGUGGUCAUGAAGCUCUUGGCCGGGGGACACAAGAAGGAGAACAAGGUUCUCCCAGAGUUUGACUUCUCAGUCCACAAAUACUUCCCCUUGGUGAAGAUCAUUUGAUUCAGAGGAACCCUUUCAAGACUCGAUACUUUGCAGAAAAUCCUCAACCAAGUGCGCCUGACAGACUGUCUAUGUUCAGACGAUUGAAACCAGACUACACUGCAUACGUCUGAAAUCUUGAGUACGAUCUUCGUGGCAUUGUACACAUCAGUAUUUUUGCCAAGGUGUGUCUGUUUGUAUGUGCGCAUGUUUUUGUUCAAAUUUUCUUUGGUGAAAGCAUGCUUAGUGUGUUUCAUGCAAAGGUGUGUUGUUUUGAGACCAUCAAUGAUCCAGACUAAAGUGUAUAAGGUUACGUAUAGAAUCAAGUCACUGUUUUUGUUUUUAUUUUAGGUUGGAUACACAAUUGGGGUUUGGGGCAAAUUAAGCUAAUAUUGAGCACAAAGCCUAGUCCAGCUAGGUCUACGUUCUUCAGUAUUUACUUUGUCCUGUAAAACUAGGACAGAGUCCAAGAAUUUUUUUAUUGUGUAUAAAUAACUGAUGUGAUACUUUAGAGAAAUAAACCUGCUGAAGAUA